ACUGUAACUGACUCAAACCGGAUACAUGAUCAUGUGACUUGUUGUGAUAUUUCAGACAUCAACUGCUUGCUGUAAGGAUGGCGUUGGUAAUAUGUGUGGCGGUUGUUCUCUUCUCAUCUGUGUCCGGUCAUGACUGGCUUACAAGGAGAGACACUUACGAAGAACCAGGAUUUGAUUGCUUUGAAACCCCAUGUGAGCUCAUAUACGAACCAGUCUUUCGGAUCAUGGCACGGCCAACGUUCAGUAAUCUUAUCGAAGAUGGCAGACUGACCCUCAGCUGCAGUCGAGAGACACUGACCCUUGCAAAUGAAUGCAAACACCCUUCGUCGGGAUGUAUGCCCUAUGUCGAAAUGGAGGACCUUUUCAUUGCCUUCGAUACCUUCUGUAGACACAAAACAGAAAUCCUGGACGAUGAGGCAUGUUGGACCCAUGGGCUGAUGCCGCUGGCUGUUGUUUCGUGCCAUGAUGCAAACAGUAUCGCCUUUGCCAACUGUGUGCAAGCAAGAGUGACCAAUAUCACAGAGUGCUCUUCCGGUCGUACUGGCGCCAUCUUACGGCAGCUGGUGUUGGACGUGCGUGCUUAGACGACGCCAUGCCUCCAUGCAGACAGUGAGGAAACUGAACCAAUACUCCAUGUAAUGUUUUUUUUGGAAUAUAUUAGUCUAUCAAUCA